AAUUGGCCUCGUUCCUCGCAAUGCCGUCCACAGUGCGGCGCCGCAGGCGUCGGUGGGUGUCGCGUGCGUUCAUUGGCUGACGCCGAUCCGCCCGGUGGCGCCUCUGGCGGCGGCGCGGGGCGAGCGGGCCGUGACGGGCCGCGCCUUCAGUGCGGGGCCGACCGCGUCCCGCGCGAUCUGGUGUGGGAGAUAGCGCCGCUGCCGACAUCGCCACCGCCACCGCCACCGCCACCGCCAGCGCAGCCGCCGACGCUGCCACCGCCGCCCGCCGAGCACACGGAGCGCUCGCUUUUGUUUUGUUUUGGAUUUACCUCGUUUUCCCGUCGGCCGGAGACGGAACCCACUGGGAGGGCAGCCAUCUCGACAUCCCCUUUCAUUUCCUCUCGCGUCCUCCGCGCAGGCUCCGCGUCGCGGGCUGGAGACGCGGCCCCGCACGAUGGCGCGUGGCGCGACGGGAGGGCCCGCGGCGGCGCUCGCCUGAGAAGCCCCGGCCGAAGCCUCCGCGGCGCGAGCCCUCGCUCACGCCCACGCGCCCGCGCGCGGAAAUUAAGGCGCCAACUUUCAGGGGCGUCUCGCCCCGCCCCCCGCCCCUCGCUCCUCGCCACGCCACUGCCGCCGGCCCGGGCUGCUGCGCGUGGCGACGCAUGGGGCCACUCGGUGGGCGACCCCGCGAGGAGGGCGCGGGAAGCGGCUGAGGAUGCAGGAGGCUCGCAUGAAGUAGCGCGCUCGCCCAUGGAGGACGCGUGGGAGGCGGAGGCAGCGGAGGCGGCGGCGGCGGAGGCGGCGGCGGCGCAGGCGGUGGCGGCGGACGCGCCCACCACCACGCCCAGCCCGCGCACGCUGCAGCGCCAGCGGGCGUGCGAGGCGCUGAUGGAGGGCGACGCCCCCGACGCCGCCGCCGACGCCCCGCUGCGCUGCGCCAUCGCCUGGGACGGCGUCAAUUGCUGGCCUGAGACGCCCGCCGGCGCCCUCGCCGUGCAGCCCUGCUUCGACGAGCUCAACGGCAUCCGAUACGACAUCAGGCAGAACGCGACGAGAAUGUGCUACUCCAACGGCACGUGGCGCAACUACUCGGACUACGUGCACUGCCGCGAGCUGGUGGAGGCGGAGGCGGACGAGGACGCCGCCAUGGCCUUCGUCUUCUUCGUGGGCUUCUGCCUGUCGCUGGUGGCCAUCGCCGUCGCCAUCUGGAUCUUCCUCUACUUCAAAGACUUGCGGUGUCUUCGUAACACCAUUCACACCAAUUUAAUGGCGACGUACAUCUGCAAUGAUGCAACGUGGAUUAUUAGCGCAGUGGUACAG